GAUGAAAUUUAUUAUUGUUCCUUUGGUCUUUAUAGAGCUCUUCUUACCCCUGUACAUCGUCAGUUGAGAGAUCAUGACAACAACGAUCUUUUGAAACGAACCCGUUCUAUUUUAUCUUUUCAUCUUACGGAGUCAUUGUUUAUUCUCCAAUCAAAGCUUAUUCAUUUCAAAUUACUCAAAGUCUUGGAGUUGAGACACAGAGAGAUUGAUAAUUUCCCUCUACAGAUACUAAGCCUCAUCUGGUUGAGGUUCCUAUCAUUGCUCUUCCGUGAGAAUUUAGACAUACCUCCAGAAACUUGUAGGUUAUGGAAUCUGCAGACAUUCAUUGUUCAAGUGCCCAGAUUUGAAGGACCAGUUAAAAUAACUUUUCCUGAGGAAAUUUGGGGACUAAUGCAAUUAAGGCAUCUCAAACUGCCCAUAUUUUAUUUGCCAGAUUGCCCAAGUGGAUCUGUUGACAAAGGAAGGCCUUUGAAUUUUUCAAACAUACAAACUAUUCUUACUUGUCUCCACGUUGUUGCACGAAGGAGGUUAUUAUGGGGAUUCAGAAUGUCAAAGAAUUAGGAAUCUGUGCAUAUGGGAUUGACUCUGAUGGGCUUCGCAACAAUCUUGUCCAUCUGCAGCAACUUGAAACAUUGAGUCUUAAAUAUUAUUUUAGUGGAUUUUUUCCAGCAAGUACAAAAGCUUUUCCAGCAACGCUCAAGAAGCUGAAGUUGGAAAGAACGUUGCUAAGUUUGUCAUACUUGGACAUCAUAGCUGAAUUGCCUAACCUCAAGGUGCUGAAGCUGAUGGAUGGUACUUGUGUUGGAAAAAAAUGGUAUCCAAAUGUCAGGGGAUUUACUCGAUUGAAGCUUUUGUUAAUUGAAUAUAGUUUUCUCAAGUACUGGAAAGCCACAAAUGACAAUUUUCCUGUCCUUGAGCGCCUUGUGCUUAAAAACUGCCAUAAUUUGAAAGAGAUACCCAUUGAGUUUGCAGAAAUCCACACACUACAACUGAUUGAGUUAACAAGUUGUCUUCCCAAACUUGGGGAAUCUGCAGCACGAAUUCAACAAGAACGAGAAGACCUCGGAAACAACCCCGUGGAUGUUCAUAUCUCCGAUUCAUCAACCAUAUUUGCAUACAGGCAGACAAGCGCUGCUAACGACAUUUACAAGCACAUCCAAACACAACACCUACUCAAUGAUAGAACAACAAAAGGAAAUGAUCAAAUCCAUCUGUGAGUGUUUGUGAGUUUGUGACAUUUGUGUUCCUUUCCUACAGCUAAAGUGUGGGAGUUGCAUUUGAAUCAAACUGACGCUAGCUAA